AUGUCUUCCAAAGACCAGGCAGUUACUGUCUACGACUCGAACAAGGAUGAAUCCGAUAAUUCUCUCCACGUCAAUGAAGCGCAUGUUCUCCAGGAACGACAGAUUGGGGUAUUCGGGGCCAUUUCCCUGAUUGUCAACAAGAUUGUUGGUGCUGGAAUCUUCUCGACACCCUCCUCCAUCUUCAAACUCAGCGGCAGUCCUGGAAUGGCUCUUAUUCUCUGGGUUAUCGCCGGUAUCAUUUCCACCUGUGGCGCUCUAGUGAUGCUGGAAUUUGGCUCCAGUCUGCCCCGUUCUGGCGGCAUCAAGGUCUAUCUCGAGCGGUCGUUCUCGCCCAGUCUGCUCAUGACUUGUGUCUAUCUGUUCUACUGCGUUUUUCUUCAGGUAUCCGCCAGCAAUGCCAUCACCUCCUCGUCGUAUCUUCUUCAAGCAGCUGGAGUUGAAUCGACCACGUGGAAAUUGCGUGGACUGGCGAUUGCAGCGUCUGGGUUUGCAGUUGGCAUCCACACUGUCGCUCCUCGCGUGGGACGAGGACUGCAGGAUGUUCUCAGUGCAGUGAAGCUAUUCACACUCUUAUUCAUUGUGUGCACUGGAUUUGCCGCGUUAGGAGGGCAUUUACGAGUCCCGAAUCCGCAUAAUCUGGACAUCGCUACUUCAUUCAAGGGGACGUCUAACAGUGGGUAUAACAUUGGGAACGCCCUGUUGGAUGCCAUUUUUUCUUUCCAGGGCUAUGAUAAUCUGAACAUGGUUCUGUCGGAAGUAAAAAACCCCAAACGAGCACUGCGCAUUGCUCUUCCCACGGCCAUGGGAAGCAUUACAGUCUUGUAUCUUCUCGCCAACAUUGCCUAUUUUGCCGCUGUCUCUCGCGAGGAAUUCCUCAGUUCCGACCUCACCAUCGCAGCCUCGCUGUUCAACAAUGUCUUUGGUGAAUCUGCAGCGACAAAAGCACUGCCUGCUCUGGUGGCCAUUUCAGCUAUUGGCCAUCUGCUCGGCAUUGCCUUUACCGUUCCCCGCGUCAUCCAAGAAAUGGCCAAAGACGGCAUCACGCCAUUCCCGAAUCUCGUCAUGCAGAACCGUCCAUUCAAAACGCCUCUCUGGGCGCUUGCAAUCCAUCUCGGAGUGACGAUUCUCUUCAUCUGUGCUCCGCCGGCUGGCGAUGCGUUCAACUUUAUCAUCAGUCUGUCCUCGUAUCCGACCGUGUUUCUCUUGACGCUGGUGACGAUUGGCUUGAUCAAGCUGCGAUUGACGGAUGGAGAGUUUUAUUCUGGGUUUACUGUUCCCUGGGCUGUGCUGGGAUUUUAUCUGGCUGGGAAUAUCUUCCUCCUGGUGAUGCCCUUUAUCCCCCCACCAAAUGGAAAAGGAAGUACAAGUCUUCCAUACUACCUGUCUCCUGUGGUCGCUCUGGCCAUUCUGUCUCUUGGAGUUGUCUAUUAUGUCGGUCGAUUCGUACUGCUGCCAUGGCUAUUCCGGUAUAGACUGGAGCUGGUGGCUGUCGAACUCAGCGAUGGAUCGCAAGUGUCGCGGUAUAAAAUCAAGAGAUAG